AUGAGUGUCCUCUCAGCUCUUCGCCGGGCUUCGCUGCACCAGUCGCUUCUCCCGCGCCGCUUCUUCUCGAUUCCCAGCUCUCGCCCGCUCGCGCUCGUGAUCGCCUGGAACAAGCUAGCACCAGAAGCGCCAGACCGCUUUUACUUCCACUACAGCGACCCGAUCGACUGGCCCCUCGUGCUCCAAGACGAGUUGGGACUCCCAUGGACCCCGAAGAUCCUCAGCGUCGUCAGCUCGUUCAGUGACGAUCCGGGCGUCACAGCGACCUUCAACAUUUCGUACGACAAGCUCAUGGACACCAAGGCGUACUUUCAGGAACAUCAAAGACGCCACAACGAGCUCAUGGCGAGCUUCAAGAAGGACGCUAAGUUCGAAUUGCGCGACGGAUUGGCGGCGCUCGUGCUCAAGCGCGAUCUCGCCGAGCUCGGCAGCUUUACCGCUCGAUACUGUGAGUUUAAGAUCGCCUUGCAGCAAAGUGAGUCGAAGGCGAGCGCGGGGAAGACACGCAAGUCGACGAAGAGCAAAAAGUCGUCGAAACACGCCAACGCUCACGCUCUGGACGAAGGGGUCUAUGGUCUCUACCGCUACACGAAGCUUUGCGAGAUUAUCGCCACGUUGACCCCAGACGAUUUCCCGGAUCUACCCGACGCCAAGCUCAUCUUUCAAGCGAGGCUGGAGGAGUUUGAGCGCCUCGCGACCGAGGCUCAGAAGUGGCCCUAG